CUCCGUCAGGGAGAGGAGUCACGUCGCAGUCUGCUGAGCGUCUCUAGGGACCCCUCCUGGAGGAGCAGGCAUAUAAAACCCGCGGCUCGCCCCUCCCGGACAAAGUCAGCUCCGGUGUGGUCCGACGCGCUUGUGCUGCGUUUUAUGGAUGCUUCAGCACUUCAGCAGCAUCCCCCUCAGCCCUGCCCAGCUCAACGGAAUUAACACGGUGACACAGGACGACUCCGGCCGCACGGUCCUCUGCACUAUACGCCAUCAGUGCACUAGAUUGUUGGGAGACCUGCCAUGGCAAACAGAGGGCCCAGUUACGGACUGAGCCGGGAGGUGCAGGAGAAGAUUGAUCAGAAGUAUGACAAUGACUUGGAGCAACGGCUGGUCGACUGGAUUGUUGCACAGUGUGGAGGAAACCUGGAGAAACCACAAGCCGGCAAGCAAAACUUCCAGCAAUGGCUGAUGGAUGGAACACUUCUGUGUAGACUCAUCAACAGUCUUUAUCCGAGGGGAAAGGAGCCCAUCAAAAAAAUCCCAGAGACCCAAAUGGCCUUCAAACAAAUGGAGAAGAUCUCUCACUUCCUGCAAGCAGCAGAAGCUUAUGGCGUCACAACCACAGACAUCUUUCAAACUGUGGACCUCUGGGAAGGAAAAGACUUGGCAGCAGUGCAAAGAACCCUAGUGGCUCUGGGGAAUUUGGCUGUCACAAAGGACGAUGGUCAAUACAGAGGUGACCCAGACUGGUUCCACAGGAAAGCCCAGGGACAUCGACGAGAGUUUACUGAGGAACAGCUGCGGCAAGGACAGAGUUUGAUCGGCCUGCAGAUGGGCAGCAACCGCGGGGCUUCCCAGUCUGGCAUGACAGGCUAUGGCAUGCACCGUCAGAUCAUGUAGAACCUCGACAAGCCAGCAAGUCUCCCUGCUGCCAGGCCUUAUUUUAUACUAACACCACCAAUGUUGUCUCCCUGAAACUUUCCUAAGCUUGUAACGCCUGCCACGUUAACCCGGAUUUCCCUGGAAUUGCUGCUUUUGCCUAACAGUGUUCUUUCCACGUCUUAUAAAAAUGAUGUCAGCUGCUGUAGAGCUCCUUGUUCAAGCUUUCAUCCUCUUCUUCUCUCACCUUUUAUUAUGUACUGUUCUUUCUUUAUCCCCGUUACUUGUUUUCUGACUAACUAUAUGUCCAAAUGCUUACUUCAUGCUGAAUUUGAAAGUCUCAUGACGUUUUGAGUGAUAUAGCCUAUAAGACAUCAGAAUUGUACACAUACUGUAUUAACAGAGAUACUGUAAACUACUGUUAUAACACAUGUUAUGUAUUAUUAUUUAAAUUUAAAUGCAUUUAAAAUGUGUUGGGUUAUUAUAGAAGAUUCUGUCACUGAGUGUGUGUGUAUGUGUUUUCUUUUAAUCCUUAAAUUUAAAGGAGCUGAGUAAGUCUCUGAAGACUUGUUGGAAUAUAUUCUGUGACCAAAUAAACCUCAUGUUGUACUUGGCUGUGGACUUAAGACAUUAGGUCAAAUUUCAAACAAGUGUCAUUCAUUCUGAGCCAUGCCCUCGUUAUUUGUUAGUUGGGUUGAAUAUUUGUCCAUACUGUGUCUAAUUUGUGUACAGUGAGCAAGUAAAUGUGCAGUAGCCAACAUGUAUGAAAGCCAAGUUUCCAUUUCUGGUGCCAGGUGAACACAUUGCUUGAAUGUGCACUUUUAUGUGUUUUAUGUUUAUAUUUUUGAAAUAUAUUUAUAUCUGGAGGCUUGUUAGAGGAAGUAUGAAAAAUAAAAUGGAUAAAAAAAGAUACCUGUGU